CUCCCUCACCCAACAUCAGCUUCACGACUGGGAAAACGAGGAAAAUAACUUUACGGACGGAUUGACAACACUCUAGCCAUCCCGGACACACGUUUUUGAGUUUGGAAAGGAUGUUUAUACUGCAACCUAACCAGAUCCAGCUGUUUAACAGAGAGCACUGGUGAAAGAUCACACGUCAGUAUCAUCCAGAAUGUCUCUGAUGUUUGGAAAAACAAGAACGUGCAAUAUCGUAACAGUUCCUGAGCAUGAACCUUCAGAAUGUAACAUUGUGAUUUUGGGGGCUUUGGGUUCUGGAAAGUCAGCUCUUACUGUCAAGUUCCUCACAAAGAGAUUCAUCAGUGAAUAUGAUCCCAAUCUUGAAGACACGUAUUCCUCUGAAGAGGUGGUUGACCAACACCCGGUUCUGGUGAAAGUGAUGGACACUGCUGAUCAGGAUGGACCGGUGAACUGUGAGCGUUAUUUAGGUUGGGCCAGUGCCUUCUUUAUCGUCUACAGCAUUGACAAUCGGAGCAGUUUUGAGAUCUGCCAGCAGUACAUGGAGACUGUGACUCUGCACACAAAAGGCCUGCAGCCCGAGGCACAGGUGAUUCUUCUGGGAAACAAACUGGACAUGGAUAGACACAGAAAGGUGAGCAGGUCAGAUGGUGCGGCCCUGGCCUCGCGGUUCGGCUGUCUGUUCUUUGAAGUUUCCGCGUGCUCUGACUUUUUGUCGGUGCAGAGCAUCUUUCACGAGGCCGUACGGGAGGUGAGACGGGAGGCGGAGAGGAGCAUCCGUCCGCUCUUCAUCAGCGAGGACAAGGCCGCCAUCAGUCUGUCCUCCGCCUGUUAUAAAGAGCUCCCCGCCCCAGCCACGGCCAAACUGGUAACGGUGAAGUCUUCAAGAGCUCAGAGCAAACGCAGAGCUCCCACGCUGACCCUUCUCAAGGGCUUCAAGAUCUUCUGACGCUGCUGCCAUCUUCUGAUCUACAUGAAGAAAUACAUGCUGGCAUAAACGGGCGCAAAAAAGGGUCUGGAGUUAUUUUGAGGAAUAGUUCAUAAAAAAAAGAAGAGGAUUUAAACCGAAUGAACUCGUUCUUUAACCACGCACAAAUAAAUGACGCUUGACCUGCGUCAUUGGAUUCACCCAAAAGUUGAAUAUUUUGACCCUAUAGUGACCUUGGGCUUGACGUUACAAAUGUAUUUAUAAGGAAUGCAGAUGUACAGUGAUACUUUUAUAUACAUUUGUGGUAUUUCUGAUUAUACAGACUGUUGUGAAACAUUCUGGAUUAUUGGACUUUGUUGUAAUCAUGCCAAAAACAGAGAAAAGUUCAGGUGACAAUAAACCGUUAAAGUAUUGUUUACAGUUAUAGUUAAAAAUAUUUAUUUUAAUUUAGGGUUGUCAAACGAUAAAUCUGGAUUCUUAACAUCCAGAAUCAAAUUUUGUGUUUAAUGUGUACUGUGCAUAUUUAUUUUGUAUUUAUAAAAUCAUACACAUACAUGCACAUAUUUCAGAAAAAAAUU